GCCUCUGCCUCUCGAGUGCUGGGAUCACAGGUGUGCACACCCAGCAGCCCAACAAUUUUUAAUAUUAGGAUUUGAAGCCAAGUUGUUGUCCCCAUAAUGCUAGCCACUUCCUAGUUCAGUGGUCUCUGUUAAAUUUCUUAUCUCCACACCUCAGUCUCCCGUCUAUCAUAUACAUAUUAUGUAAUACAAUACUUACUACAUAGGAUUUGUUGCAAGACUUGGGUUUUAAUGCAAAUAAAGUGCUUAGACCAGGUACACGUCAUAAAGUGAGAGUUGGAUACAUGUUAACCAUCGUUAUUAGCCAUAGUUAUUAACCACCCGGGGGAACCUCAACUGGAUUUGGAGUCUGAGCACCCAGCUGGAAAGGCCUGUCUAGGAGUGUCUUCGGAACGUGAUUUGCAUAACGGUUGAGGGCCAGCUGACGUCAAGGGCUUCUUGAAGUUCUAGGUCAGCAGUAGCCUUGGAAAUGGCUCCAGCUGCAAGUCAGCCCUACGGUCUCACCACCAGCCCUGCUUCCUACUCAAAGGCUAGAGCUCCAGGAAGUGAAACAGUUGGAGACCCGUGCCUCCAGCUCACCCUGUGCCUCCAGCUCACCCCAUUUCUCUUAUCCUGCCUCCGUUUCCUUACCUUUCUUUCCAUCUUUCAUCUCCUACCUUCUAGGACUCUCGGUGACCAGAGGUAGCAAAAGUGUAAGAGACACAACACAAAACAGAGUGGACCCCCCAUGCAUCCCCUCUCAGUCCCCUUAUUCCAUUUCUACCCAUCCCAUGUAUACAAACCAUUUCUCCCCUAAACUGCGCCAGUUCUAAGAUGCUGGAAACGUUUCAUCUAAAGGACCACCCAGUGGAAAGGACACCAUUUCCCACGGAGGAAAAGAAAGGCCUUGUUCUUACAUAGAAGGAGGUGUCACACAGGAACCAAAUUUCAUUUCAAACUGAGCUCACCAUGGGAUUUGGAGAUGAAUGAACGCUGUUUUGGUUUUUUCCUCGGGCAAGAGGAAGUGAGGAAAUCAGAGUGGGAUGAGACAUCUCUGUUCCUGGAGAGCGUGACACAUGUGUCCCAUCCUAGGCCAAUAGCCACAUCAACCUCACCACGCAUUUCCCCUGGAACUGGGGAGGCUUACCUGGGCUCUCCGCAGAGGGAGAUGAUGUAGGGAGGGAACCCCACCUGCUCUGAGUCACCUACCAGUGUAAAGGGCGGGCCUCACAGUGCAGGGACCUUAAAAAGAGUCCGCGAGACAAAGGGAAGAAAACAGGAAGCAGCUCAGAAGCCAGACUACAAGAGUCAGAACAAGAGGAGGUCCGUGCGGAGUCCACAGGGCCUGGUGCAGGUCACAGCGCCAGCCAGAUCUGAGAAGCAGGCAACAAGAUGCUGGACUGCAGAGCUGUACUAUUGCUGUGGCUGCUGCCCUGGACCACUCAGGGCCUGGCUGUGCCUAGGACCAGCUCCCCUGACUGGACUCAAUGCCAACAGCUCUCUCGGAAUCUCUGCACACUAGCCUGGAGUGCACAUCCACCAGUGGGACAUAUGGAUCUCCUAAGAGAAGAAGAUGAAGACACUAGAAAUGACGUCCCCCGUAUCCAGUGUGGGGAUGGUUGUGAUCCCCAAGGACUCAAGGACAACAGCCAGUUCUGCCUGCAAAGAAUCCACCAAGGCCUGGUGUUUUAUAAGCAGCUGCUGGACUCAGACAUCUUCACAGGGGAGCCUUCUCUGCUCCCCGAUGGCCCCGUGGGCCAGCUUCAUACCUCCCUAUUGGGCCUCAGCCAACUCCUCCAGCCAAAGGAUCACCAUUGGGAGAGUCAACAGAUGCCUAGCCUGAGUCCCAGCCAGCAGUGGCAGCGUCCCCUUCUCCGCUCCAAGAUCCUCCGAAGCCUUCAGGCCUUUUUGGCAAUAGCUGCCCGGGUCUUUGCCCAUGGAGCAGCCACCCUGACUGAGCCCUUAAUGCCAUCAACUUAAGUAUGGCACCCAGGUUCCCAAAGCUCAGCAAUGAUAAGAUUAAUUUAUCAAGCCAGGCAUCUAUAAGCCAACAAGCUAACUGGUCCAUUAGUAAGUACUAUUUGUUGUUUUGUUUGAAGGGCAAGGACAAUUUUAUUAAAGAGAA